AUGCCAAGACGACUACACAAUGCGAUUUCGCUGAAGAAAGGGCAUGUGUAUACAGAUUUAGGGGUAAAACCCUCCUCCUGUGUAUCAGGAGACAUUGCGUCAGACGUCACAAUUUGGGGUACGAAGACCUUGUCUGUGGCCGCAGUCUCUUCAGACUGCAGCAAAGAGAGAAGCGGUGUCCUCGGCGGUCACACUCCGUCUUGCGGGGGCGACUUCCGACGCCCUUCCACAUCCUCGUCAGUCAGCGUCGUCGACCCGAUGCAUCUGACGGCGAACACAGGGGGCGCCACGACGGCCGCUGCGUCUCCCGAAGGAAGCAGCGCUGGAAGUGGCAACGUCCUCAAUGACACAUACACGAAGAUGACGUCCGAUAUCCUGGCAGAGCGGACGUUGGGAGACUUCUUGUCGGAACAUCCCGGUGAACUUGUCCGGACCGGAAGCCCCCACUUCGUGUGUACGGUCCUUCCGCCGCACUGGCGGUCCAACAAGACUCUGCCCGUCGCCUUCAAAGUUGUGGCUCUCGGGGACGUGCUGGAUGGCACCCUGGUCACUGUUCGGGCGGGGAACGACGAGAACUACUGCGCGGAACUUCGCAACUGCACGGCGGUCAUGAAGAACCAGGUGGCCAAGUUUAAUGACCUCAGGUUCGUCGGCAGGAGUGGCAGAGGAAAGAGUUUUACGCUGACGAUCACAGUGAGUUCCUCGCCCCCGCAGAUGGCGACGUACAACAAGGCGAUCAAAGUGACGGUGGACGGACCCCGGGAACCGCGCUCCAAAACAAUGCUCUCUCUUCUAGGGCAGCAGCAACAGUUUCACGCCUUCGCGUUUGGGCAGCGCCCCUUUCUGUCAGGACACUUUGGCAACCCGCUCGACCCGCUCCAGAGGACAGAUCCGCUGUCAGGGUCCCUCGGCUUCAGGAUGCCUGCCAUGUCCAACUGUCAGAGAUUGGUGGAGUGUGACUCAGUACCGCCGAGAGAGGGAAGGGAGACCGGCGGUUCUGAUUGUCAACCAGAUCGAAUAGCUUUAGAGGGUGGAGUGAUGCUGAGCCUGAAUGGCGGGGGGCAGGGUGCCACCGCCUCAGCACACGACAGUUUCGGCGCUGCCAGCGCGGUUUCCUCGCUUCUACCGGACACUACGGGGUCUGCAGGUCCUGGAGCGGUAGUUCCAGGGUCGGAUCUAGAUCAGCACUUGGGAUCUCUGGUGACACCUCACAGUGGCAACAACCAUCACCAGGCUGGCGCUACGAACACCACACACCACGGUGCCACCAACAACCACAACCACCACCACGAGCGAGGCGUCUCUUCAGGGUCCUCAAAUACAACCUCAGGCGGGGGCCUUCUCGUACCGCGCUAUCCAGGCGUUGGGUCCUCGUCCAUCACUGUGUCCUCGACGGACUUCGGUCUGGGAGGACCGCGGUCUUUGUCGGAUUCAUCCGCUGGUGAAAGUCCUGUGGGAAGCGAGGAGAUCCUGCCAACUGUUGGGGUCGGUGGGAACUCACUAGUCGGCCACCACCUUGGUUCAGGGGGAGGCAGUGUUGGUGCCGGAGGUGUGCCUGGCACUAACGGCACAAGUUUCUCGUCCCUCAUGUCCGGUCACCACCACAAUCAGCAAGGCUAUGGAGGCGGUUCAACAAAUGCAGCCGCUGCUGGUCUUUACCUCAGCACCCCAGUUCUACCAGCGUCGCUGCUCUAUUCCCAACUGUACAGCGCGGCGAGCAGUCACCAAAACCACCAGUUUCAUCACCUCCAUCACCAUCAUCACCACCACACAGCCACAGCAAGUAGCCAAGACAUUAUGGACCACACAAAUGCUGCUUCGAGUCUCGGACAACGUUCGUCAGUGCAGCAAGUUAGCGAACUUUUACUGGGAGGUGGAGGGGCUACGACAGGGCCCUGUGUAGCCGCGGUGACGUCAUCGGCAGGUGCGGUGGUCCCUGGUGGACGCGGUGCUUCGGGGUUGUCGGAUGACGAGCAACAGACGGCCGCACAGCAAGUUGUCGUGGGUGGUCAACAGCAGCCGAGGUCUCACACCACCGCCGACAACACAGCGGUCUGGAGACCGUACUGACUCGUCCAGGAAUAACCAGAGGCCACCUUAUCGCAGCUCUGCACAGCGGAAGACGGGGGUGUUCUGCACCAGGAGUUGUUGGGUGACCGUCCGCUGCAGGCCUUCGUUGGAUAUGGAUUAUUUGGAAACCCGUAGGUCCCGUCCGAAUGUUAACGAUAUCGAAUUAAGAAUAUUUGCCGACGUCUGUAGGUGGUUUCAUAAAUUAAGUGAAGUGAUUUGCGAGUGAUCGAACUUUAACAUUUUGUUUUAUCUUAAGGCCCAUUCGCAAUAUGACAUAAAUUCGGUGGUUUUUCGUGAGUUGGGGAAUUUCUUUCUCGAAUUUAUGAGACUCGAUAACGCCUUUCAAAGGCAAACUUUAGAGAAGAGUACUACAAAUAUGAAGACAAAAGUAAAUAUACGAGAACAUUUUAUCUGAAUAUCAUACGUGUUUAUAAAUAUUUCAUAUCGAUCAUUGAAGCAGAUAACAAAUGGACGUUUCUGCAGAUAAAAUUAGGUAUCACUACACUGAUUGAAACGUGGUCGUCUAAAGUUCCAUGUGUUCAUGAAGAGGAUGCAUCAAGUUCUGCAGAUACGAUCUCUAUCAGAAAUUCAGCUUUCGAAAAAAUAUAGAUAUUUCCAACAGAAAAUAAGUUUUUGUCGUCCAACUACAACACGUGCUUAAAGUUUGCGAAAGAUGUAAAUACUCGUUAAGUCCGUAAUACACUGCAGAUCAGGAAGGCGAUUUCCGAUAUGUCACAGAACAUGACAGAGCAAGGUGAAAAGGAUUCUGUGUGACAUGACGAGGAAGGCGUGAAAAUGAACCACUUUGUUAAGUGAUCCACUUGUGAUGAUGCAUUGUCGGAUGCACGUAGUUGGCCAGCGGACUCCAAUGUAAUGGAAAGUAAAUUGAAUUUCACUGAUAACAACUUGAAUAAACAGGAAUAUUAAAUUUCAGUUUUUAUAAUUUAAGACUAGAUGUUUCGUAGAAUAUUUUUACGUUUUAAAUAAUGAAUAUAUAAAAAUUAACUUUCUUGCGUUGCUAAACUUAAUUCUAAACGUUUAGCAAAAGUUUUUACCUUCGAUUAGCCAUAGCCGAAUUUUAAUUAAAUUUAUGGAGACUGUUUCCAUAUUUGAAGAGACAUAAAAAGCCUGGCCACUGUGAAAAUAUCGCGCGAGUUUAUUUUCCAAUUGUAUCCUUAUUCACCAUCAUUAACUUCUAAAUGUAUCUUCAGUUUCGGUUUGAAAGUCAUUACGAAUUACGGGCUUAACCUUCUCUACACGUGGUAUUUAAUCUUGAAUUUGUCUGUCAUUAUUUUAUCAACGAAACAUCGUCUUACCAGGACCACAAAGUAAAAUAGUAUUGUUAAAUAAGUACGUCUCAGACUUAAAAAAUAAACGUGUUCACGAAAAUUAUUACGCAGUUUGUGAUAACAACUGGAGUUGUUUUUUUCGUAUAUUUAAUGUGUAUUCAAGUUGUUACACUUUCAUUAUUUUGGAGUCUGUUUUUUAAACAUUUAAUAUCUGCAAGCUGGUGCCAUGAUUCCACAUCCUUCGGACAGUCGUUUGUGAAUUUUCUUUAUCAUCAUAAUGUGAUUCAUGAUUUCUCACACAAUUCUGUAGAAGGCCGUGCUCCCUUGUCACGUAAACAACUGAUUUUAUAUCUGAAUGGUGCCAUAUGUUUCCAUCUUUACUUCCCUCAAAUGAUUUACGUGCGGACGCAAACGAACUCUAGCGGCGAUCACACUCAACGCUGUAUCUCCUGAUUCUAUUUGAAGAGAGUGUAUCUGCGUUUGUUGUAUCAUUGACUUCUUCGUUCACAGCGCGCGUUAACUAGUCAAAUGAAUGGAAUCGUAAUUAGGAUUAUUAUAAAACUCAAGUAGGUUAUCGACGAAGCGAUUUUCAAGAAUUCAAACACAUCCCCCAUUUGCACUUGAAUUUUUUAGGAAAAUAUUAAGUUUCUCCCAUUUUGAUUCCAGAAUCAAAUCAACUCACCAUCAUUAAAAACAUUUUAGUUUUAAUUUCGUUGUUGUAAUAACAAAAAGGUUUAACCUUCCGGUCAUACAUAACUUGGUCUUCACUGUGCAUUGUGUAUUGAAGAAGAAACUUAGUCCGUCAUAAACCAGUUGAUCUGCAUCUCGUUUUGUUUGGGAUUUCAUUUUACAAAAUAGCGUUGACGUAAAGGCAGCCAUAUUUAGCUACACGUUGGUGUAUUUUAUUUUCUUAGCUGUUAUUUUCGUAUUUGAGAAUCUAGCGCAUCAACUGAACACCAGGUGUGAGCACGAAAAAUACUAACCGUCUUUGUUUCCUCUUUAAACCCCAGUGGUAACUAUAUAUACCACUUGAUUUAACAAUCAGUAUUC